AUGGCGAAAUCACCAGCCUUGAUCGCUAUUUACGUCGCUCUCCUGGCCGUACCGUUGGGGUACCUCUACAAUACCUACUACCCAGUGGUGCAGCGGACCAUCACCGUCUUUGGCAUCUACAGAUCACCGAGCGCCGUCAGCGUGGCCAGCGCCGAGGACCUGGUGUUGAUUGACGGGACCAUUCACUGCGAGGAUAUUCACUACUAUGCCCCAUCCCACGAGCUGUACAUGGCCUGCGAAGACUCGCCCGUCACGAGAUUCUCGUGGUUUCCACCGCUGGCCGAGUUCAAUGCCUCUGUCCUGUCGCAAUCGCAAGGAACCUUGGUUGUUAUCGACCCGGAUACCAAGAAGGCUAGAAAGUUGAAGCUGGACAAUUUCUACGGACCGUUCGUCACUCACGGAAUUGAUGUUAUAGCUGACCCCAAAGCUGGGGCCAAAAAGGCCGUCUACAUAUUUGCCGUCAAUCAUCUUCCCAACCCCGACUUCUGGGAUGAGUCGUUCGUGCCGAGGACGACGACAACUGCCAGCAGCAGCAGCCAGCCAGCCAAGACGCGCUCACAAAUUGAGAUUUUCCGCCAUGAGAUCGGGUCGGCAACGGCCCGCCACAUUCGCUCGGUGCGAGAUCCGCUCAUUAGAACCCCCAACGACAUCCUUGCUCUUAGCCCGCAGAGAUUCCUGGUCACCAAUGAUCAUCACUAUCGGGAGGGCUUCAUGCGAGAGGUUGAGGAUAUCAACCCCUUUGCCGCAUGGACCGAAACCGUUCAAGUUGACCUGUCGGAUCUCCUCGCAGCCUCGGCAGACCAAGGCAUCAAGACGUCCGUGGUAGUCGAGGGUAUACACAACAAUAACGGUCUCGGUCGUGGCCGUACCGACACGGAGUUGUUGAUAGCGAGUGCAGCAGGCGGAUCGCUUCACUUUGUCGAGCCAUCUCCUGCCCAGGCCGACCACAGCUUUCAGAUCGUCGACAAGCUCCUCCUUGAUUCCACCAUCGACAACCCAAGCUACUUCAAGGAUCCCUACGCCAGCGCCACCUUUGACGGCAGUGGAUACGUCCUGGCUGGACUCAGCCGCGCCAUUGAUCUUGCCAAGACCCAUGCCGACCCGCAAGCAAAGGAGCCUGUCAUUGUCUGGUACGUCAAGAAGGUGGAUGAUGCUUGGGAGAAGCGCAUCAUCUUUGAAGACGACGGAUCUACGCUUCGAAGCGCAAGUGCAGCCGUCCUCAUCGCCAUAGAUCCGGCCAAGGAAGGCGGUAAGCGGCGAGCGUGGUUAUACGUGACGGGAUUCAUCUCGUCAAACGUCGUUGCCGUCAAGAUCGACUUGUAA